UACAUAAUCAGAGUGAGGAUGAAAGCUUUCAUCUAGUGAGUGAGGACAGAGAAAAAGAGAGUGUAGAAGUGAGAGAGAUUAAUAGGAUCAGACCUUACUAUCGCACAUGCAGAGCAGCCCAGUGUGACAGAGGAGCAGUUCUGACAGGGUACAGUACAUGAUACUGUAUGACUGUGUGUAUAGCCUGAUACACAAAGCUCCCAUAAGCGUGCAACACUCCCCCUCCAACUGUGGAUCAACUCAUUGUACAACAGGACUGCAGCAAAACUUUCUGGCCCAUUCAUUUUUUUACGUUACUGAUUUUGGACUGAAUCAGGACUCAACAGGACAAGAUGCUCCUGCGUUUGGGAGGGGCCAAAGGGAUCCUGGUCAUCAGGAGUGUGGGUCUAUUCUGUCGUUCUGCCCACUUGUCUCCCCAAAGUCUGGAGUACCGACCAAUCAAAAAGGUUAUGGUGGCAAACAGAGGUGAAAUCUCCAUCCGGGUGUUUCGAGCAUGCACAGAGCUGGGGAUCCGGACAGUGGCUGUAUAUUCAGAGCAAGACACUGGACAAAUGCACAGGCAGAAAGCAGAUGAGGCUUACCUGAUUGGCAAAGGCCUGUCUCCUGUUGCAGCCUAUCUCCAUAUCCCUGACAUAAUCAAAGUGGCUAAGGAAAAUAAUGUGGAUGCAAUCCACCCUGGUUAUGGGUUUUUAUCAGAGCGUUCAGACUUUGCCCAAGCCUGUGCCGAUGCAGGGGUGAGAUUCAUUGGCCCUUCUCCAGAGGUUGUGCGCAAGAUGGGGGAUAAAGUGGAAGCCCGUGCCCUGGCCAUACAAGCAGGUGUCCCAGUGGUUCCAGGGACAAACUCUCCCAUCUCCUCUCUGCAAGAGGCUCGGGAGUUUGCUGAAACAUACAACUUUCCCAUCAUCUUUAAAGCUGCAUAUGGAGGAGGAGGCCGUGGAAUGAGGGUGGUCAGAAAUUAUGAGGAACUAGAGGAAAAUUAUCAGAGAGCUUACUCAGAGGCUCUGGCUGCAUUCGGCAAUGGUGCUCUCUUUGUUGAAAAGUUCAUUGAGAAACCACGACACAUUGAAGUGCAAAUUCUUGGUGAUAAAUAUGGAAACGUUAUUCAUCUUUAUGAGAGGGAUUGCUCUAUCCAGAGAAGACAUCAGAAAGUUGUGGAGAUUGCUCCUGCUGCUCAGCUAGACCCUCGCCUUAGAGACAGACUGACCUCAGACUCGGUCAUCUUGGCCAAGCAGGUGGGCUAUGAGAACGCAGGCACAGUGGAGUUCCUGGUUGACAAACAUGGAAAGUACUACUUCAUCGAGGUCAACUCCCGCCUACAGGUGGAACAUACUGUUACAGAGGAGAUAACUGAUGUGGAUUUGGUUCAUGCCCAGCUGCGUGUAUGUGAGGGCCGCAGUCUUCCUGAGCUGGGUCUUGAACAGGACAAGAUUCGCAUCAAUGGCUGUGCCAUUCAGUGCCGGGUCACCACAGAAGACCCCUCCCGUGGUUUUCAACCAGACACAGGUCGAAUAGAGGUGUUUCGCAGUGGAGAAGGUAUGGGCAUUCGUCUGGACAGUGCCUCUGCUUUUCAGGGGGCCAUCAUCUCCCCACACUAUGAUUCACUGCUGGUCAAAGUCAUAGCUAGUGGCAAAGACCUCCCCACCGCUGCAACCAAAAUGCACAGGGCGCUUACCGAGUUCAGAGUCCGUGGUGUUAAGACUAAUAUCCCCUUCCUACAGAAUGUAUUGAGCAAUAGCCAGUUCCUGUACCACACAGUAGACACCCAGUUUAUUGAUGAGAACCAGGAGUUGUUCAUCCUCAAACCAACACUGAACAGAGCUCAGAAACUCCUGCACUAUUUGGGUCACGUAAUGGUAAAUGGACCCAUGACUCCUAUCCCAGUGAAAGCCAAACCUUCAUCCGUCGAUCCAGUUGUUCCUCCUGUUCCACUGGGUCAGCCGCCCAUGGGCUUCCGUGAGGUCCUGUUGAAGGAAGGUCCUGAGGGUUUCGUGCGGGCAGUUCGACAGCACCAGGGGCUACUACUGAUGGACACCACCUUCAGAGAUGCCCACCAGUCCCUACUGGCCACUCGCAUCAGGACACAUGACCUUAAGAAGAUUGCUCCCUUCGUGACCCACAACUUCAAUAAUCUCUUCAGCCUGGAGAAUUGGGGAGGAGCUACAUUUGAUGUAGCAAUGCGUUUUCUGUGGGAGUGUCCGUGGAAGAGACUCCAAGAGCUUAGAGCUCUGAUACCCAACAUCCCAUUUCAGAUGCUUCUACGUGGAGCCAAUGCUGUUGGAUACACCAACUACCCCGAUAAUGCUGUGUUCAAAUUCUGCGAGGUGGCCAAAGAGAAUGGCAUGGAUAUCUUCCGUGUUUUUGACUCCCUGAAUUACAUUCCCAACAUGCUUUUGGGUAUGGAAGCAGCAGGCUCAGCAGGGGGCGUGGUGGAGGCUGCCAUUUCUUACACUGGGGAUGUAUCUGACCCAUUAAGACAAAAAUACUCACUGGAGUAUUAUCUGGAGCUGGCAGAUGAGUUGGUCAAAGCUGGAACACACAUACUGGCCAUUAAGGAUAUGGCUGGCCUGUUAAAGCCUGAAGCCAGCCGCUUACUUAUCGGAGCAUUGCGGGACCGUUUCCCAGAUGUCCCCAUCCAUGUUCACACUCAUGACACAGCAGGCGCAGGUGUGGCAGCUAUGCUAGCCUGUGCGGAAGCAGGCGCUGAUAUAGUAGACAUAGCGGUAGACUCAAUGGCCGGCAUGACCUCACAACCGAGCAUGGGUGCCAUCGUAGCGUGCACCAAAGGAAGCAAACUUGAUACUGGUGUUUCUCUGGACAAGGUCUUUGACUACAGUGAGUACUGGGAAGUGGCUCGUGGUCUGUAUGCUCCCUUCGACUGCACUGCCACCAUGAAAUCUGGUAAUGCAGAUGUUUAUGAAAAUGAGAUCCCAGGGGGCCAGUACACCAACCUUCACUUCCAGGCCCACAGCAUGGGCCUAGGUAAUAAGUUCAAAGAGGUGAAGAAAGCCUACACUGAAGCCAACAAACUGUUGGGAGAUCUUAUCAAAGUGACCCCCUCUUCUAAGAUUGUGGGUGAUCUGGCUCAGUUUAUGGUUCAGAACUCUCUUUCUAGGGCUGAGGUGGAAGAGAGAGCAGAUGAGCUCUCCUUCCCACUUUCUGUUGUGGAGUUCCUGCAAGGACAUAUUGGAAUACCACACGGAGGCUUCCCUGAGCCCUUCAGGUCAAAGGUGCUGAAGUCUUUACCUCGAAUUGAAGGACGUCCAGGGGCUUCACUUCCACCACUGGACUUCAAGGCUCUUGAGUCUGGUCUGCAAACUGCACAUGGUAAUGACAUUACCCCUGAAGAUGUGAUGUCAGCAGCCAUGUACCCUAAGGUCUUCCAAGAGUUCAAAGAGUUCACAUCAAACUUCGGACCGGUGGACUGCCUUAAUACUCGCCUGUUUCUGGAUGGCCCCAAAAUAGCAGAGGAGUUUCAGGUUGAGUUGGAGAGAGGGAAAACGUUGCACAUCAAAGCCUUGGCCUUGGGUGACUUGAACAAGUCUGGUCAGAGAGAGGUGUUUUUUGAACUCAAUGGCCAGCUGCGUUCCGUCUUGGUCAAGGAUGCAGCGGCAAUGAAGGAGAUGCACUUCCACCCUAAAGCCUUGAAGGAUGUGCGGGGACAGGUUGGAGCUCCCAUGCCCGGUAAAGUCGUGGAAGUAAAGGUGAAGCAGGGCCAGAAGGUGGAGAAAGGUCAGCCGCUCUGCGUCCUCAGCGCCAUGAAGAUGGAGACAGUUGUCAACUCUCCUCUCUCAGGCAUCAUAUCCAAGGUGUACGUCAAUGCAGACAGCAGUCUGGAAGGAGAUGAUCUCAUUCUGGAAAUAACAGAAUAAAGUUUAAAGGUUACAGAGGCUAGAGGUUAAAGAUAAAAGAGAAAGGGAAGGCAGUGCUAAGCAUAGCAAGGAACAGGUAGGAUUUAGUUUGCUUUUACUUUAUAAAUGAGUGAUCUUGUAUAAUUUGGUGGACUGAAGGUAAUUGCUGAAAGUUUUUAGAUUUUUUACAUUCCCGAUAUGGUGUAAAAGUCUUACUGAGCUUUCAGAGCCAGUUUAAUUUAACACAGAUGUUUAAGUUGUUAUUAGAUUCAAAGAAUAGAAGUUAAUAUGUGAAGUGGUGAUAGCCUGUAACCAGAAACUACAGAAGUCUUAGUGAUUCACUCUUUGGUAUUCAGUCAUAGUUCUGUUAAUACACUGAGGACAGUGUUAGACUCCCACUAGUGUCUUGUGAAUUUAGAUAUAGGACUUACAGCUUCACAGCCACACAUGAUAUCUACUGUAUGUGCCAGACAAAUCUUUUUUUUUUUUGUAAAUGACUGAAUAAUAUAUAAAAAUUAACAAGAUUUGUUAUGGAUUCUGAUGACAAUCUCUACAUUUAUAUAACAGGGUAUGUGUAUGUGUGUAUGUUUUUGUGUAUGCAAGAGAGACCAUGUUCAGUUUCUGUACAAGGUUUUAAGAGGAACAGCAGUUUCAUAUUAAUGUAAUGUUAGUAGAGCGUAAAAUCAAUUUUAAAAGGUCUAAAAUAUUAAUACCAGCAAAUAUUCCAGUAGAUGCACAUGCACAUUAAAGCACAAUGUCGUCAUGGUAACGCCAUUGCACAUCUUGGAAAAAAGCAAUAAAGUUGAGUAAUUCUGAACACGAGAUAUUCAAAUUGUUGGGUCAUGUCAAUGUUUGUUUUAGCGUAACAGUGUUGUAUUGAAAUUGUUCUUUUUCGAAACCACCCAUUAUUUUUGACAAGCUCAUUAUAAGGAAUGUGAUUCUAGCUAAUGAACUGUGGCAAAUGUGUGUGUAAUAAUAAUGGUUUUGAAAGUUAUUGCACGACAAAAUCCUUAUUAUUUCCUUCCCCUCUCAUCUGCUCCCUCCAUCACACCCUCCUUUUAGAAUCACUCUUACCUUCUUUGCACCAUGGGACUUUUCAGGUUCAUGCUGCCACUGUAAGUGAACAGCAAGUCAUUACUCAGCCGGUAGUGCAGUAGACAAAUCCAGCACACAUGGCAGCAGGGCAGCGUAGAGAAGUUGUUUGUAAAUGUGGUUGUGGAAAAUGUUUACAUAAAUCCCACCUAAAACCUCAAACAAGAAGAUUCCCUCAUUAAGCUAAAUGCUUUGUAAAUUAUGUCCCAUGCUCACUUUUUUAUAUUGUAAAAGAGGCAGUAAUUAUGGUUGACCAUUAAUAAUGGAAGAGUCUAUAGUCAUUUUGUUUUUCAGCUGUUGAAAUAUGCUGCACAAGAUAUUUCAUACUUAUUACCAUGGCGUAAGCAUUAAUUAUAAUUGCAUACAGAAGCCUCACUGUGACAUUUCAAGGUGGAUAUAAAAUUAAAUUAGGAUCCACAUUCGAAAAUUAAAGUUCACCAAUUGAACAUGGGCGAAAAUUGAUGCAGCCUAAAAACAACCAGAGGACAAGGGUGAUUGUAUAUGGAGGUCUUGGAUGCAUUCAGUCCCACUGAUUGAAUCUUUAACAUUGGCUCGCUUAUCAACGGCUUAGUGAGAAUAGAGCAAUCUUUCAUUGUGCCAACAUUUCUCAAUGGCUUUUCAUUAAAUCAUUUGACUUACAAGUGAUUCUUCCACACAUUAUGCUUAUUUUAUCAGGAUUUGAGGGGGAGAGAAAGUGUGUGAAUGUGCAGUUCCAUUAUCUUUCACCCCAAGCCUAUGAAAACAGUCUGUGACUGUGCACAUGAACAUGUGCUUGAAAAGGAUUGUUUUUGAUUUCAUGUGCAUGCAAAUGAAAACCAGAGAACCAUUAGUCCAUACACUAGCAUACAGACACAGGGUUACCAAAAGACACAUGCAGAAUGGGCCAGUGUCAAAGUAUUUCAAGCAAGUCAGUCCACUGGCGGCCAUCUUUAGAAUGCUUUCAUGAAGCUAUUUCCGGUCAUGAAAGUGCAGCACCUAUCUUCUCGAGUGGGGGAACACAUCUCCAAUACGGUUGCUCAAGAUUACAAUAAAAGAACAUAUUUCAAAUCAUCAGUUAAAUCUGACAACUCUGGAAUCAGAAAUUGUGCUUCUUUACCUGAGUUUUCGCAAAAAAAAAACAAACUGCAAUUUUACUGGCUAGUAUAGCAAAUGCACAUGCACGUUCUCGAGUUGAUUGACAGGCAGUGUCUGUAUCUAAAAGGUGAUUGGCUCUUUUACCUUAAGGCAGGACUUCCUUUCUAAAUCCGUUGACCGUUGGGCGUUCCAAUUUCUCCCACUUAUUUUAAUAGAAGUGGCUCGUCUCUGCAAAAUAGUCUCUGCUAGUGUUCUUUGAAGCUGUUCAGUUAAACAUAAACACACUUGUUUUAGGUUUUUGUAUAAAUCAGUGAAAUAACCUCUUGGUUUGUGCCAUGUUCUGAUAUUUCUAAGGGAACAUCUGAACUAAGAAGAACCUUUAGGGUUGUAUCAAGACUGGACAGCUUCUGGUUUUCAUGUGAAACAGACUGUAUCUAUUGAACUUACAAGGCUACAAUGAGCACUUUUACCAAGGGACACUUUAUAAUUGUCUAUAUCUUCAGUACAACUACUUGCCUAUUAGAAAAUAUUUUUUUCUGUUCUUUGAGCUAAUACUGUUAAUUUUGUUGUUUAUAGUAAACGUCUUUAAAAUUCUGUACAUGAAUGGGGAACCGAGGACAUUUAGCAAUUAUUUUGAAUUAUAAUCAAUUGAUGAGACUUUCAGUUGACAGCUUUUUCUUUGAAGCUAGGGGAAAAAGAAUGUAUAAAAUAACAUAACAUUUGAUCAAUUUCUUGAUGUUUUUAUCAUUUUCUGAACUACAGCAAAAAUAGAAUAAAAAUGUGUAUGUGCAUCUCUCA